GGCGAGGGAAGAGAUCGUUGAAGUUGACCAUUCCAACAUGACGGUGAAGACGACGAUGAAUGACGACGGCGCAUUCGUGCCGCAGCUCUUCGACAGCGUUGACAUCACCACGGCCGUGGUGCCUUCGUCCCGCACCAACCUUAGGGCCACAGGCUGCACACUUACUUGGUCCUUCACCUACGACAGUGCUAAGGGCAACGCCGACAUUAACAACCUCAAGAAUGUGAUGCAGACUGCGUUUCAGGAUUUGGACGACUACCUCAGGAGGGGACGUGGCAAUCGCCGAUGAACAAGACUGCCUUUCAUUGUCGACCAGGCCAUCGAUGGAUAAUGUUGUUGCCUUGCUCUUCCAUAUCGUUCCCCUCCUACUAUAAUAAGACGGUCUACUCCAUUGAUCCUCUUGUGUUGUAGACCGUCUUUUGUUUCGUAUUGUGUUGGUUUUUUUUUUAUCUUAUUGUAUCCAUGUUGUUUAAUUUCUGUAUGUCUUUCAUUUCGUUCGAUUCCCUGUGUUUCUUUCCUGAGUUUUAAUUGUCCAUGCUUGAAAUAAAGUUUUCCCGUGUUGUGUUGUGUCGUGUCGUGCAAGCUCCGGCCAUUCCCUCCUAAUUGUUCCGUAUGUUGUCAAAACCGUAUUCGAAUUUCAUUACGUUCGGAUUGUGUAGACCGCGCAUCUUUUGUUUCCCAUUGUGUUGGUCUAGAUUUGAUUGAUUGUUCUUGUUUCCCUAUGUGUUUCGUUUGGAUUCAUUCCAUGUAUUUCUUUCUUGAGUACUAUUGUCUAAGAUCCUUUUAAAUUUUGUCCUAGUUUAGGCAUUGUCGAGCUUGGGUUGAGAAAUGCUAUCCUUAUAUGGUCUGUAAACUUCGACACCCAUUCUAUGGUCUCCAAUAUGCUCGUCGAGCUUUGGUUGAGAAGUUUCGUGGUACUUUCAUUAUUUCAUAUCAGAUUUCGUCAGAGUAGGAGUGAUUUGUCUUUAUUUCUUCGAUCCACUUCAAGUGGUCGGACAUGGUUGUUUCAGUAAAUGUAUGUUAGGUUUCGGUACACAUAGACCACAUUGCGAGAUCUAAACACCAUGUCAGUCGUGAGAUGUUGAAGGCCCUAGUCUUGAGAUAUGGAAUGGCCAUGGUAAAAGGGGUGGCAAGUAACAAGACAUCAGUUACAAGAGAGAAGGCAGGCGGUUAAUAGGGCAACUACCGAUUAUGCCAAGUUUAAGGACACGUCAACCAUGUCUGAGGAAGAAGGGGAGCAGUUCUUUUUGGAAGUUACAUUCCGACGGUUUUUCUACGACGGUUACCACUUGAAAGCUAUAUAUAAGAGGAGGAGUUGACAGAGAAGGGGUUCGCCAAAUUCACACCAGACAACCCAAUGUCAAAUUUUAUCAUUUUCUUUGCAAUUUUAGCGGUAGUAGUAGUAGAUCUGGAGCUCUCACUGAACCUCCAUAGGAUUAGGAGUAAUUUAAUGUAGAUCUGUCACUUGAGUCGUGUAAACAUCGAACACCCUCGUUCGAACUUUGUUUAAGGAGGUGUCAACCGUGUAAAGUUAAUCGUUGUUCAAGAAUUCAAGGGGCAAUCAAUUUGAUUUCAACACAAAUUUUCUCGCCGAAAAACACCUCCUAAUUGUUUUGUAUGUUGUCAAAGCCGGAUCGAGAGUGGCUAUCCUGUUGCGUAUGAAUAUCCAUACAAUUACCUGUCCUCUGGUGUACAAAGAGACUUCCAAACCAAUUUACUCCAAUUCACCUUCCUACUCUUCUGUCGAAUGACCUCCCAAACUAUUGUCACAUAAAACUUCUCCAUGAUUUUACCAUUCCAGUAUACACCAUCAGAUCUAACCUGAAAAUUAGUUGCAGCCAGACUUCUGGUUUUUAACACUUUUCUCCAAGCUCAAGAGCAGUUGAUUGUUGAGGAGAUAUCUCAUAUCGAGGUAAAUGUCAGUUGGUAGUGACGGACCCAAUUAAUUAGCCACAGAGAAGAGGAGUUCAAGAUAACCAGAGCUAUUACACAAGAUUUCUUUAACAGCGAGCAAUCAGAGUUAUUACCAACAUAAAAAAAAUUCAUUAAUGAGGCCCUAGAGAUUAUGGAUUACGAUACUGAUUAUUGUAACAAACUUUUCAUAUGGAAGAAAUAAUAAUGUUAUCUCUCUUUUUUUACCGAAUGAAUGAUAUUGAAUUUU